AUGUUGCAGGAGGAGGACCAGGUGCUUUCAGAUGUUGCAGGAGGAGCCAGGUGCUUUCAGAUGUUGCAGGAGGAGGACCAGGGGCUUGCAGAUGUUGCAGAGGAGGACCAGUGCUUUCAGAUGCUAAUGUGUCUGCUCGGUUCGGACUUCAGCAAGAAAAUAGUGCCAGAUAGUAACGACAACACAGGAGUGCCAAGCUCAUCUACCCAGGGUGCCACAUUUCACCUUAGCUUGAGGGCCACUUGGCAUGAGGUGACAAUCCUCUUCGACACAGACUGCAACUUGCAAGGAGGCGCUGCUGCAACUUUCAACGCUGCUCCAGACGAGGAAGACAGUGUCACAAGACGAGAAAGACAGUGUCACAAAGACGAGGAAGACAGUGUCACAAGACGAGGAAGACAGUGUCACAAAGACGAGGAAGACAGUGUCACACAGACGAGGAAGACAGUGUCACACAGACGAGAAAGACAGUGUCACACAGACGAGAAAGACAGUGUCACACAGACGAGGAAGACAGUGUCACAAAGACGAGGAAGACAGUGUCACAAAGAGGAGGAAGACAGUGAAGACGAAGAAAACGUCACACAGACGAGGAAACAGUGUCACACAGACGAGGAAAGACAGUGUCACAAAGACGAGGAAGACAGUUCACACAGACAAGACAGUGUCACACAGACGAGGAAGACAGUGUCACAAGACGAGGAAGACAGUGUCACAAAGACGAAGGAAGACAGUGUCACAAAGACGAGAAAGACAGUGUCACAAAGACGAGGAAGACAGUGUCACAAAGACGAGGAAGACAGUGUCACACAGACGAGGAAGACAGUGUCACAAAGACGAGGAAGACAGUGUCACACAGACACAGUGCACACAGACGAGGAAAGACAGUGUCACACGAGGAAGACAGUGACAAAGACGAGGAAGACAGUGUCACAAGACGAGAAAACAGUGUCAAAAGACAGGAAGACAGUGUCACAAAGACAGGAAGACAGUGUCACAAAAAGACGAGGAAGACAGUGUCGAGAAGACAGUGUACGGAAGACGUGUGACAGUGAGACGAAAGACAGUGUCACAAAGACGAGGAGACAGUGUCACAAAGACGGAAGACAGUGUCACACAGACGAGAAAGACAGUGUCACACAGACGAGGAAGACAGUGUCACACAGACGAGGAAGACAGUGUCACACAGACGAGGAAGACAGUGUCACACAGACGAGGAAGACAGUGUCACAAAGACGAGGAAGACAGUGUCACACAGACGAGGGAGCAGUGUCCACAAAGACGAGAAAGACAGUGUCACAAAGACGAGGAAGACAGUGUCACAAAGACGAGGAAGACAGUGUCACAAAGAGCAAGAAGACAGUGUCACACAGACGAGGAAGACAGUGUCACAAAGACGCGUCCUCAAGUCGAGACCCCAAAUCGAGACGAGGGUCCGAAGAAGAAGUCGCCGCGACAAUAAAAGUGAGAUCCGAGUCCCACGAGACGGACGAUCACUGA